GCAAAUUCCCCUUACAAUCUCUUGUCCUGGAGUCUGUGACAAAUGCAUCAUGUUGAGAAACCAGAGAGCUUUAAACAGAUCCCAUCCCUCCCCCAAACUGUUUCCUUACAACGUAUUUCUGUUAUCCCCAAAACUGACACAUAAAAUAUUUUAUUUUAAUGCCAUUGGCGAUGAUGACAGUAUGACAUGAAGCAGACAACGGGAAUGUCUUGAAUGUCUUGUCUAGUUUAUUUACAAUAAGCAGAGGGUGACGCAGUAUAUGCAUUUUGCAUUAAAUUAGCUUUCGCAAGCCUCGUUGGACUCGGUCUGUUAAUAUUUCCAAGUAAGACAAAUCCACGUCACGCUACAUUCCCUGAAACCCGUAAGUAGUAUGUGCUUCGAGUGGAUAUUCUCAGAAACUGAUGUCCUUUAAACCCCACACCAGGAGAGCUUUGAUCAUUGGUCAGCGGCGUUCUUCCUGUUCAACCAGUUCAGAACAAAUUUCGUUUUAAUUGUUUGAUAAGCGUGUUAUUGAUAAGCACCAGCUUUUGUUCAGGAGAUACUGUAGCUACCGGGAAACAAGAGCAAAAGACCACAACAUCAACUGACAACCCAAAGGCAAAACUACAAAAUAGGCUACUAUAUUAAGCUAUAAGGUUUCCCAGUAGGCCUAUAAGGGGUUUUCCUCUCUAAAUAGGCCUAUAUGUAAAGAAAGCACAACACAGAUCAGGUGAGAACCAAAACAACGUUGUAAUCGCAUGACUCGAUUAUUUACAUUCAAUGGCGAUUGAGACGCAAAUUUCGCCAAGUGCUCCAUUGUGAACGCAAUCUUUGAUGCUAAUGAUCUGUCGACUGCCCUCUGACGUCAUGUGAGGGUGUGAGAGCGCGCGGGCUGCUGCUGCUGUGCGCUCGUGCAGAUGCAGUGCGCACAGAGCGCUCGCGAGUGGGAAGAUUUACUGCACAGCACGCGAUUACAUGAGAUGUUUAACUUGAACACUACAUACUUUUGACUUUAACUACAGACACCGCAUGCACAGACCCCCCGACAGCGGGAUGGCUGGGAAGCCGUUCCGAGCCACGUACAUCUGGACUAACAUCAUCAACAACCUUCAGACGCAGGUGGAGGUUAAGAGGAGACGACACAAUCUGAAGAUCUAUCACGAUUGUUUCUUGGGCUCUGAAGCUGUGGAUGUGGUUUUGGCUCAUAUCAUUCAGAGCAAGGUCUGCGGAGAUGCCGAGGUGCCUCGAUUCAAAGCCGUCCGACUCUGCCAGGCCCUUAUGGAGGCCAGGGUGUUUGAGGCGGUGGACACCAAGGUUUUUGGGAAGGAAAAGAGGCAAGCCAAGUUUGAGGACAGCAGCUGUAGUCUGUACAGGUUUUUGAACAGGUCGACCCCCGGCACAUCAAGCUCAGAGACCAUAGAGAGCAGAUUUGACUCGCUUCAGAAGAACAGCUAUAGUACACCCUACCAAAGGAAAGAAGAUGUUGUGUAUUCAAACCACUCACCUGUCAAAACAGAUAAAUCCCUGGAGGAUGUGUUAGGAAAUCUGAACAUGAACACUAUCACACCACAGAUGAUGAAUCUGGGCUUAUCGCAGGAGUUGAUAGAUGAGAUAUGGAGGCAGCAGACAGUGCUGAGGCUUCUCCAGCUGAUUGAACUUCCUCUUCUGGAGAGUCUGUUAGAGGGCAGAGAGAGUCCUCGCCCACCCCUCCACAGCAUGGACAGUGACCCUGACCUCCUCUACACCAGCAGCUACCUGGACCGAGAGAUCCUAAAGGCCUUCAGUGAGGCUCAGGCAGAUGACUGGCUGUCUGCAGCUGUUGAUUGUCUGGAGUUUCUUCCAGAUCAGCUGGUGGUGGAUGUGAGCAGAGGUCUGGCCAAAUGUGCGGAGGAGACGUCGCAAUACAAGCAGCUUCUCUACGGGGUGCUCGUGCAGCACUACGGCCAGUCUGAAUACCCACCGCUGCUCAGCAACCACGUGUUUGACAUUCACUCCGGUGUGUCUGAGCUGCUUGUAAACGGGAAGUGUGAUCAAGCGCUGGAGUCUCUUCAGCUGUGUUUGAAGCUUCAGGACUCACGCAGCAGAGAGGAACUCCGCAGGUUACUGCGCUUCAUGGCUCUCGCCGCCAGCCCGCAAGAACUCAAACUACACAAAGAGAUAGAGAACAGAAUGGCAGUGAAGAGGGCGUUCUCCAACGCUAUUGUGUACGGGACUAAACUAGCCAAAGGGAAAGUUGAUCUUCUGGUUCUUUUCAUGAUGGACAACCACCUCGACCUCUUUAAGAUUCCUGUCACAUUGCACAAACUUGUAAGUGACAGACUGACCAGUAUCAUUAAUGGAACAGAUCCAGAUCUCAUCACAGGUACAACCUACUGUCAGCGUCUUACCGGAAAAGAUUACAUAGAAACAGUUCAGAAAACCACCAGAGAAGAGCUUUGGAGUUUGCUUAAAACGAUUCACGAGAACUCUAAACUUUCUGUGAAAGAGAAGCGCAGACUACUGGGACAGUUUUACAAAGGCCAUCCUGAAAUAUUUGUGCAAUAUUUUGGCAACAGAAUAUCCAGUGCUUGUAUAUGAAACCACCUUCCAUCAUACCAGGGAACUACUGUAUGAUAUGUAAAGAUUAUUUUGUAUGUAAAUAUGUAUAUUUUGUAGAAAGAAAAGCUGUUCAGUUUUAUUUGACAAAUAUGUGCCUGUGUGUUCAUGUGCUAUAAAGCUCAAAGCUUGAUGUGUUUGAAUGAACUGAUGGGUGAAUGCUAUAUCAUUUGUUACAGUGCCGGGUGUCAAAGUAUUACUAUCUGAUAUCAUCACUAUACCAUGGAACUGUCAGUCAUUUCAUACUUCGUGCAUUCUGUUUUCCCGGCAAGAAAAGGGUCAAACGUCCUACGUAUGCUUUCACAGAUGAAUGCAUUCAGUGUUGUUAUGUAACAGGGCUGGUGUUUGGAAUGAGCAUUACAGAAAUGACUCGAGGGAACAAUGCAGCUGUAUCGCUGUGCAAAUUAUGCGUGGCAUCAACAAUAGUUGGAACAAGAGCUGGAUUUAAAAAUCCUUGAUGUUUUCAACAUGUGACCCCAACACCAGCUGCUCCAGAACAAAGCACUGAAAUAACCAAUGACUUUGGAUAUCAACUAUCAAUGCUGCUAAUGGUUCAGACAUCAAACAAAUGAUUCUAUAAAAGAAAUAAAUUGGUAAAUUAGCAUUAACAAAUAGAUGUUGAAAUUAAGGAUGGGUUCCAUUCCAAAGCCAUCACCUUUAUUCCCUUUGAAGGCUUUAGUUUUAUCCACAGUGAGUGAGAAGAUGUGGGUGUGAACACAUUCUUCUUGUUUCAAACAAAUGUACAGUACAGGCGUCAUGACUAUACUGCUUUUGUGGAAGCAUUAUAUGACGCUUGGUUGCGCCGUAGAUCUGCUUUGUCGUGCCUCUUACUGUUUUUUUUUUUUUUUAAAGAAUAUUACCUGUUAUUUUAUGGAGCAUUUAAUGCAAUACCAGACAUGAUUUUAAUCAUGAAAGAGAUCCCUGCAAGUAGUUGAAGGUUAGGGGUUAAAAAAUAAAAUGGCAACUUACAUGCACAAUUUAAAAUAAAAACAAUUUUACAUUUAGAUUUCAUGUUGACCAUAAAUAUAGAAAAUGUAUGUUAUCUGUAUAAUAACUAAUAUCGUCACGAAU